AUGACCCGCGUCGACACCGAGCGGGACGCCGGCUCCGGCGGCCGCGCCUCCGAGUUCGAUGUCGAGUUUCUCGGCCGACAACGCCCCGCCGUCUUCAAGUCGCAAUGGAGCGAGCUCGGCUUCUGCUUUUCCCUGUUAGGAUCCAUGUUGAUGGCUGAAUACUUCGUCAGUGGCUUCCACAUCAUCCUGCCUCCGCUCGCCGAGGAGCUGGACAUUCCCGCGGCCUCGCAGACAUGGCCCUCGAGCGUCUUCUCGCUCGUCACCGGCGCCCUAUUGCUGCCGCUCGGCAGAUUGGGUGACAUGUACGGCGGCUACUACGUCUUCAACAUCGGCCUGGCCUGGUUCUUCAUCUGGUGCCUCAUCGCCGCCUUCAGCAACAACUACCUCAUGUUGAUCGUCUGUCGAGCCCUCCAGGGUGUCGGCUCCGCUGCUUACCUCCCGGCCGGCAUCAUGCUGCUCGGGAAGAUCUACCGCCCGGGUCCGCGCAAGAACCUCGUCUUCGCGUUGUACGGUGCCUUCGCCCCGAUCGGCUUCUUCUUCGGUAUCCUCAUCGGCGGCGUGUCGGGCCAGUUCCUCAACUGGCGCUGGUACUUCUGGCUCGGCAGCAUCGUCCUCGGCAUCAUCGCCGCCGUGUCGUUCCUGACCAUCCCCAACGACUUCCGCGACAAGCGCCAGGAGACGAGCAUGGACUGGUGGGGUGUCGCGACCAUCGUGCCGGGCCUGUUGCUGCUGGUCUACGCCAUCACGGACAGCUCGCACGCACCCCAGGGAUGGGCGAGCCCCCAGAUCAUCGUCACUCUGGUCCUCGGCGUCGCCCUGCUGGUGGCGGCGUGGUACGUCGAGGCCAAGGUGGCCACCAACCCUCUCCUGCCCGCCGACCUCUUCACGCCCAAGUCGAUGAAGACCCUCUCCGUUGCCCUCUUCUUCGCAUACGGCACCUUCGGUCUCUUCCUCUUCUACUCCAGCUUCUACAUCGAGACGGUGCUGCACAUGUCUCCGCUGCUGACGGCAGUCUGGUACAUCCCCAUGAUCGUGGGCGGCCUCGUCAUCGGUACGGUCGGUGGCUUCACGCUGCACCUGCUGCCGGGCCGCGUGCUGCUGGCCAUCUCCGGAACGGGAAACCUGAUCAGUGUGCUUCUCUUCGCCAUCAUUCCCGACAACCCCAACUACUGGGCCUACGUGUUCCCGUCCAUGAUCUGCGCGACCAUCGGCAUCGACAUCACCUACACCGUCAGCAACGUCUUCAUCACGACCAAUCUACCCGCCCACAGGCAGGGCCUCGCCGGAGCACUCAUCAACAGUCUGCUGUUCCUGGGCAUCAGCUUCUUCCUCGGCAUGGGCGACGUGGCCGUGGGUCAGACGAGCCACCUGGGUACGAAGCAGAGCUACAAGACGGCCUUCUGGCUGGCGGUCGGUGUCGCGGGCGUCGCGCUGGUCCUGUACGCUCUCGUCCGCAUCGGGCAGGCGAAGAGCGACUUGACGAUGGAAGAGCGUGCGCAGCUCGAGGAGGAGUACCGCCAGUCACAAUGUCUCGAAACCCCGGGAGCCGGACACAUGACCCCGAACCUCGCGGCCGGUCAGGAGACCUCGGGCACGAUGACCGACAACGAGACGGACAAAUCGAGCGCGCCAUCGCCGGAGGGAAAGACUCCGGCGAGAUGA